AUGCUUUGCGGAAUUUCCGGCGAGGCGCCGCAAGAGCCCGUGGUGUCCAAAAAGUCCGGGGUCGUCUACGAAAAGCGCCUGAUCGAGAAUUACAUAAAUGAGCGUGGUACCGAACCGGGAACGGGCCAGGCUCUUGCCCCCGAAGACCUGUUGCCCGUCAAAUCGUCGGCCGUCGUCCGCCCGCGUCCGCCCACCAUGACCUCGAUCCCCGCCCUGCUGGCUACAUUUCAGAAUGAGUGGGACACGAUGGCGCUCGAGACGUAUAACCUCAGGGAACAGCUGGCGCGAACGCGGGAAGAGCUGGUCAUGGCCCUGUACCAGCACGACGCUGCUGUUCGCGUCAUCGCGCGGCUGACGAGGGAGCGUGACGAGGCGAGAGAGUCGUUGAGCAAGGUCACGGUCACGGGAACCGCGCCGGGCGGAGAGGAAAUGAUGAUUGACAGCGUCGAAACGCUCCCCGAGGAGCUGGCGGAGCGCGUCGACGAGAUCCACCAGAGCCUCACAAAAGGACGCAAGAAGCGGCCGGUCCCCGAGGGCUGGGUCACUGCAGACGAGAUCACGACGUUCGAGAGCGAGGCCUCCAACGACCUCCCCCUGUCGCAAGCCACCUCUCUCGUCCUUGAGGGAGACUAUGCCGCAGUGGGAGGCCUUAAGGGCGUGGCGGCUUUGUACUCGCUCCAGGCGGACGCCAUCGAGCGGCAAAUUCCCGUCGACCAGCCAGUCACGGACGCACUAUGGGUGGGAACGAAGCUCAUGUUUGCGACGAUCCAGGGUGCCAUCAAAGUGUACGAAGGUGGCAACGAGGUGGCAUCGGUCUCCAAGCACGACGGCCCUGCUACGGCGCUGAGCUCGCAUCCCGGCGGAGAGAUCUUGGCCUCGGUAGGAACCGACAAGCGUAUCGUGUUUUACGAGAUGAGCUCGAUGAAGGUGGUUAGCAGCGUCUAUACCGAUGCCUCUGCAGCUUUGACGACAUGCGCCUUUCAUCCUGAUGGCCACCUCUUCGCUGCUGGCACGAUGGCGGGCGAGAUCAAGCUCUUCAUGACCAAGACGCUGGAGCAGGCGGCCGUCUUCAGUCUGGGUGCGCCGAUAGAGGCCAUUGCGUUUUCCGAGAACGGAUUCUGGUUUGCCGCCGCGGCCAAGGGACAGACGACAGUCACCAUAUUCGACCUGCGGAAAGAGGGACCUGCAGCAGCGGCCAAGGUGCUGGAGACGGGGGGCCCGGUACAAUCGCUGACGUGGGACUACACGGGGCAGUUUCUGGCGACGGCUGGCGCGUCUGGCCUGACGGUGCAGCAGUAUGCCAAGUCGAGCAAGAAGUGGAGCGAGCCCCUGAGGAACUCGGCGGCUGCCGUGGCGGUACGAUGGGGAGCGUCAGGGAAGAAGCUGGUGGCGGUGAAUGGCAAGGGCGUGGUGACGGUGUACGGUGCCAAGGAAGGAUGA